CCCCCGGGCACUAACAUUUUGAUUUCUGCUACGAAUCUUGCUGCUUCCUUGAGGCUGCAGCUGUUUGCCCCCCUUCGCAAGUGCCCUGCAGAGUAGUGGCCGAGUUGAGUCCCCUGGCACCCUGGAGCGCCCACCGCUCGCUUGGGAUUGUGGUUUUGCUCCGAGGAGCCGCGCACGACCCUAGGAGAUGCCCCGGCACGCGCUCUGCAUCUUCCUCCUGGCGAUUCUGAAGGCGAGAGGGGAGCUGCCUUUCAUCGCAGAGAACAAUGCCGCGAUGAUGGUGAACUGGAAUGCUGUGGAAGAAAACAAAAAACUCUAUGCAAUUUAUGACACAAGUGUGAGCGAUCAUGGGAACAUGUCCUUCGUGAAAGAAACGGUGGAUAAAUUGCUGAAAGGCUACGACAUUCGCCUCAGACCGGAUUUUGGAGGCCCCCCAGUGAACGUCGGGAUGAACAUAGACAUUGCCAGCAUCGACAUGGUGUCAGAAGUCAACAUGGACUACACACUAACUAUGUAUUUUCAACAAUACUGGAGAGAUAAAAGACUAGCCUAUGCUGGGAUUCCUCUCAACCUUACACUUGAUAACCGAGUAGCGGAUCAACUGUGGGUGCCUGAUACUUACUUCCUAAACGACAAGAAAUCAUUCGUGCACGGUGUUACUGUUAAGAAUCGAAUGAUUCGCCUUCAUCCAGAUGGUACAGUGUUGUAUGGCCUCAGAAUUACAACCACUGCAGCUUGCAUGAUGGACUUGCGAAGAUACCCAUUAGAUGAGCAGAAUUGUACACUGGAAAUAGAAAGCUAUGGAUACACAACAGAUGACAUAGAAUUUUACUGGCGAGGUGGGAAUAAUGCAGUCUCUGGAGUGGAAAGAAUUGAACUUCCUCAGUUCUCUAUUGUGGAACACAAACUUGUGUCCAGGAAUGUUGUCUUUGCCACAGGUGCCUAUCCAAGACUGUCACUGAGCUUUAAGCUGAAGAGGAAUAUUGGAUACUUUAUUCUUCAGACCUACAUGCCCUCGAUACUGAUUACCAUUUUAUCGUGGGUGUCCUUCUGGAUCAAUUAUGAUGCAUCUGCAGCAAGAGUUGCUCUCGGUAUUACAACUGUGCUUACUAUGACAACGAUCAACACUCAUCUCAGAGAGACUUUGCCUAAGAUUCCCUAUGUCAAAGCCAUUGACAUGUAUCUCAUGGGCUGCUUUGUAUUUGUCUUCUUGGCCUUACUUGAAUAUGCUUUCGUCAACUACAUCUUCUUUGGAAAAGGCCCUCAAAGGCAGAAGAAACUUGCAGAAAAGACGGCCAAAGCAAACAACGAUCGCUCUAAGUUCGAAAGCAACCGGGUGGACAUGCAUGGGAAUAUUCUGCUAACAUCCCUCGAAAUUCACAACGAAGUUGCAAGCAAUGAGGUCACCACAAGCGUCACCGAUCCUCAGAAUUCAACAAUAUCCUUUGACAGCUCAGGUAUCCAGUACAGAAAACAGAGUUCGCAUCGAGAAAACCUUGGAAGGCGUACAUUGGACAGAACUGGCGCCCACACAAAGAAGAGUCAUUUACGGAGAAGGUCUUCACAGCUAAAGAUAAAAAUUCCUGACCUAACGGAUGUGAACGCCAUAGAUAGAUGGUCAAGAAUGGUGUUUCCUUUCACUUUUUCUCUUUUCAACUUAAUCUACUGGCUAUACUAUGUCAACUAAAUUGACUUUACUUCUUCUUCUUUUUUUUUAAAAAAAGACUUCAACAAGUUAAAUAUUAAUUUGCCUGUUAUUUUGUAUGUGUACAUAAGAAACUUUUACACUAUAUAUAUAUAUAAAUAUAAAAUAUAUAUAAAUAUAUUUAAAAUCCUGUUUAUGUGUGUACAUAUAUUGUGAAAGAAUGUGUAUUAUACCCAUUGUGCAUACACAUAUGUACUAUAUAUAUACACACACACUCUGUACUUUCGGAAGAUAACGGACAGUUUAGCAGAAUGCGCAUUAAGUGAUUUUUUAAAAAUAAAAUAAAAAGUAUGGAGAGGCAAGUGCUCUGAAAACUGUAGGUUUUGAUAAAUCUAAAAGUCAUUUAAGACCACCCAAAUAUUUUUCAGACCUCUGCAAUUCCAUAUUUAUCAGAAUUAUGUGAUAUUGUUUGUGGAAACUUGACUGCUCAUUAACUGGUAGAAUUAACACUGGUACACUUUUUCUAAGUUAUAUUUCCUAAUCAUUGAACCAAUGAACCUAAUCAAUAUUUUUUAAUUUUUGUUUUUGCUAAUGGUUUGUGUUUUAUAUUCUAGCAAAGAUCAGUUUCCCUAUCAAAAAUGGGCAUCAUCCUUUUAGCGAUCACUUGUUUAUUCUCAUGUAGCAAGUUAAAUCUUGAUCAAGAGAUCAGUUUGCUUCGCGUUCAUAGGAUUUACAAUCCUUAAGAAGCUAUUGAACGAUGCAAAGCAGCCUCUUCUUAUGUGAUACAGUGCAUUAUAUAAUGUUUUAAUUUAAUAUUCCAAUUACGGUAUAGGAUUAUUUUGUGAAGAUAAUCCCUACAGCAUAUUGUUACUGGAAUGUUGUUUGAAAUGCAGCUGCUGCUAACAUACUUAGGAUCUAUUCUGAUCUAUACAGGGUUAUCAAAUCUUCUCCUUUGCAGGGGUACUAUAAUCUGAGGAGAUUCUUUUUGAGGAAAAUUUUAGCACAUACAUUGCUCCAUGUUCUGCUGUACCUGCUUCCCCUUUGCAAAUCUUCUCUAUGUUACAGUGGAGCAGCCAGGCAGAACAAAUCAGUUCCACAAAAGAAUAGAUAAGGUUUUUAUAUAUAUAUAAAAAAGCUUCUCUGUGCCACAGAGCUUUUCAAAUUUCCAGAAUGCCAGGCAAUGGAGGAUAUGAUAAUCUUAGCCCAUUGUUUCUUUAAUUAUUAGUAUUCCAAUGAUAAACUAGAAGACACCUCAGGUUAAAAACGAAAAGGGAAAACCAUGCAUUUACAUUACCAAACAUUUUUAGAACAUGAUUAAUGUAAGAUAUAUUUGCAUAAUAUGCAUAUAUAUGAAUAAUUUACCCAAUUUUCUUUCUAGUGCUUGCUACUGUGACUGCAUGCUAUAUCAUACUUUUGUUUCUGUGAUGUUACAGCUUUCUCUUCUCUAGAAUUAAACCAAUAUAGCACUUCUAAUGUAUAAAUUCAAUAACAGAACAUUUUCACAUCUAUUUUGUACAUAUAUAUGUAUAUACACACUAAAACUGCUAGUAUAGCUGAUAUGCUACAUUCACAAACCAUAAAUAAUGGAGAACAAAUGUCUUGCUUCAGCAUUAAAUGCAUUCAGUCAUUUUCCUUAUGCAAAAUGUUCCACUUUUGUUUUCCUGUAGUUAGAAUGCAUUCAUAUCAGUGCUGUUAACUUAGCAUACAUGAGAUGAAUGAAUAUCUAAAGGAGUUUAGAGAAAACUGGAUGAGCAGGAAUUUGGAAGGUAAAGUUGUAGGUGCAAAUCGCCAGUUGUAUUCCCCAUUCAUUUCAUUAUGGCAACUUCCACUAGUUGGGUUGCACUGGAAACAUUUUGUAGCUUUCAUUAUAUGGAAGCAACCUCUGAUUCACCUGCCAUACUGUUAAAGGGCCACUUUCCAUGUUACAGGAAUGCUUUUUGCAUGUCACUCCCACAUAAAAUAAUAUACUAUAGAAAAGGAUAUUAUGUUGAAACUGAGCUAAAACCAGUCAUACCUGGUUUCAUUUUCACAUGUUGGAGAACACCCUAUGUGAGGGGGGAGAAAUGGUAUUUCACAUAACUGGCCUAGUGAUUUGGGGGGGGAAGUUUUACCUUGAUAUGAAAACAGAAACCUGCAGAAUUAUGUUUAGUCUCGGCUGAUAUCACACCUGCUAUUGAGACAACAUGCAGUGCUAUUUUUCUAGAAAAAGAGGUGCCGGAACUCACCGUGAAUCUUGUUCUCUUAGAAUGGCAAUGUCACCCACCUGAGAGGUGCCGGAAUUGACUUCCAGUGAGUUCUGGCUGGAAAAAAGCCCUGGAUAUAUGCCAGGAAUCCAGAGCAGCUUGCUAGAGACCAUGGCUUUCUUGGAAGAAUACGUAUUAACUAAAACCAUGCCAAAAUUAUUCUUAGUGGACUGGUUCAUUUUAUUGCCUAACAGAAGCUGCCAUUGAAAUUAUAAUAUGAGCCUUUAAAUCAAAAUAGGAAUCAAAAUUUCAGUACAGCCGUAGUGUUAAAAUAAUUAUAAUAAUAAUAAUCGGAUGUGGAGGCUUAUACUGAAGUUCAUAAACUUAUGAAAGAUGGGAAAGGUUGUCUUUUUCGUUUUUCUUUUUUUGCUAUGAAUGUAAAUAAAUAUAAUUUUGUGUGAGGGUA